GCGGCCCCGCCCCCGUGCUCUGCGCACGCUCGGGCGCCAUAUUGACAGCGACUGCUGGACCGUGGCGGUGGCGGCCGGUGUUCUUCCUCGUGAAGAGUCUCGGUGGACGUCUCCACUCUUCCGUGUCCCCGCUGGAAUUACGUGAAGUUCAGAAAACAUGUCUCGAAGAUAUGACUCCAGGACUACCAUAUUUUCUCCAGAAGGUCGCCUGUACCAGGUGGAGUACGCCAUGGAAGCUAUCGGGCACGCGGGCACCUGCUUGGGGAUUCUAGCGAACGAUGGUGUUUUGCUUGCAGCAGAGAGACGCAACAUCCACAAGCUUCUUGAUGAAGUCUUUUUUCUGAAAAAAUUAUAAACUGAAUGAAGUGAGGACAUGGCCUGCAGCGUGGCGGGGAUCACUUCCGAUGCCAACGUUCUCACUAAUGAGCUGAGGCUCAUUGCUCAAAGGUAUUUAUUACAGUAUCAGGAGCCGAUUCCUUGUGAGCAGUUGGUCACAGCGCUUUGUGACAUCAAACAAGCUUAUACACAGUUUGGAGGAAAACGUCCCUUUGGUGUUUCGUUGCUCUACAUCGGCUAUAAGCACUACGGCUUUCAGCUCUACCAGAGUGACCCCAGUGGGAACUACGGAUGGAAAGCCACGUGCAUUGGGAACAACAGUGCUGCAGCUGUGUCAAUGUUAAAACAAGACUACAAAGAAGGAGAAAUGACCUUGAAGUCCGCACUUGCUUUAGCUAUCAAAGUCCUCAAUAAGACCAUGGAUGUGAGUAAACUCUCAGCUGAAAAAGUGGAGAUCGCCACCCUGACAAGAGAGAACGGGAAGACGGUCAUCAGAGUCCUCAAACAGAAGGAGGUGGAGCAGUUGGUCAAAAAUCACGAGGAGGAGGAAGCGAAAGCCGAGCGGGAGAAGAAAGAAAAAGAGCAGAAGGAGAAGGAUAAAUAGGAGGACCCAGGGGUUUCGUAGCUCGCGUGGAGUCACUUCAGGGCCCUCGCUGUCCUCCUUCCCAGCCCGAGAAAGCCCUCGCUUGUUCUCGCCUGUGUGGGGAGACGCGGGUCGUACCAGCUGCGUCGGGUCCUCGCCGUCUCUGUCCGGUUGAGUCCUGCAGCGCGAUGGCCUGCUGGUCGUGGACGCCCUCGCCCCUCCUUGUUUUGGGUAAUAAAACUUGGAAAGAAA